GGAAUCCGCAACGCCAUCUAUCCGAAGGGCGGGCGUGUCGAGAGGCAGACUGGUGAUCAACGGCUCUGAUUUCGGCUCCGAGUCGUCCCGAGUCAGUGUCACCCUCACUAGGAUCUCGGCGGCCCAGACGGAGGAGGAGUCUCGAGGCGAUGGCAACGGAGGAAGAGGGCCUCGGCUCCGGCGACGUGUCCGAGCUCUUCGGCGCUGACUUAGAAUCGUCCAGCGAUUUCUGGAGGUCGGUCACAGGGACACACACAGCGUCCUUCGAGGAGAACAUGGCGCGAGGGGCGUGGAGGGUGGCAGGGAGCACCAGGGUGAAGGGAGGAGAAAGGACAUCGCGAAUCAAACGGCAGGCGAGAGAAGAAGUCCAUUCUCUGAUGUGCAAGAUUAUCCUUUUGUCUGAUACAUCGAUCGUGUGCGACACGAGCCACGUCGCAGCUGGCCAUUACGAAGUGUCCGUCGGCGUGGAGAGCGUUGGCAAUGCCCUGACUCACGAGGACGCCGCCCUUGUCACAUUCGUGCCCCUCGUAGACAGCUUGACCCCGGAGCAGGGCAGCGUACACGGAGAGUCCCUCUUGACCAUCACGGGCGCAGGCUUCUCGCCGGGGGAAGUGGCCGUGGCGGUUGGCGGCGUCGCGUGCCCCUUGGAGAGCCACUCGGAGACGUCACUGACUUGCCGCACACCUGCGCACUCGGAAGGGCUCACCGAUGUGGUGGUUACUUCAGCAGGUAUGGACGCUCGUGCGGCGUCGAGAUACGCCUACACCGUCGCUAAGACUCCGGUCCUUCGUCGUGUCAAACUGCAGAAGAGGACCUUGCGUGUGGAUGGAGAGGGUCUUUCUCCCUCCGGCGAUGCCCCCGAAGUCUUAGUUGGGGGCGUGACAUGUCCUGUUAACAGCUACGAUAACAACUACAUCACCUGUCACUAUCCUCAGAUUGGCGGAGGAUCACACCUUGUGCAGGUGCGUGACCCGGUCUACGGAAGCUCCAACAGUGACCUAAAGAUAACUUUUGACCUCGUCGUCACUGACAUCUCCCCUGAGCAGGGUAGCUUCGGCGGAGCUGAAGUAACAGUUCGUGGAAGAGGUUUCGAUCCUGAAGGCGGAACUGACGUCAAUAUAUGUGGACAGAAGUGUGACGUCACCAGCUCUACUUUUACCGCCAUUACAUGCAUGACGCCAUCAAAUGUUCAGGGAGGAGACGAAGAGGAGUGCGACGUGGUAGUGAGGAACCCUCCCUUCGCCGGCACGCCCUCCGAGGCCACUCUGCCCAAGGGCUUCGUCAUGAGGGCGGCCCUCACGCCCUUCGUCAGCGCCGUCUCUCCUCGCAGGGGAGGCACUGCUGGAGGCACUCGCGUCACUGUCGUUGGUACUGGGUUUGGCGAUUCUGGUAACACUGUCAUCAUCGGCGGCGCUUCGUGCUUGGUGGCAGAGGAGAACGUGACGAGCAUAACGUGCGUAACGGAGGCACUCCCAGGCGGCGGCACCUUCCCCGUUCACGUCUCAGUGCCUGGCCUCGGUCUAGCUAAAGUAGCCGAAGGAAGCCACUACAGCUACGUGGACCUCUGGAGUUCUCGCUUCACGUGGGGCGGCGAGGCGGUGCCGUCGGAGGGCCAGCUGGUCGUGGUGGAAAAAGGACACACCGUCUACCUGGAUCAGUCCACGGAGGUGCUCAAGAUGCUCCUCAUAAAAGGAGGUCAUUUACUGGUGGACCCUGAGGCGACGUCGGAGGUGGUGCUGAGGGCAGAGUACAUCCUAGUGGUGGACGGCGGGGCGCUCAGCAUCGGCUCGGAGGAGGACCCGUUCGAGGGCCGAGCGACCAUCGAGCUCCACGGCAACGCAAGGUCCAUCCAGCUGCCGGUCUUCGGUGCCAAGGUACUCGCCGUGCGCAAUGGGACCCUCGACCUCCACGGCGCUCCUGUGUCCGUUCCAUGGACGCGCCUGGCGUCACCCGCUGCCCCUGGGGACCGCGUGCUCAGGCUCGAGACGCCCGUCGCCUGGCGCCCCGGGGACUCCCUCGUCCUCGCCUCCACGGAAAGAAGGUUCUCCACCAACGAAAACGAACAGCUGACGAUCGCAAGCGUGUCGGGAGAUGGCCUGACCGUGACCGUGACGGAGCCUUUGCGUCACCAUCACGUCGCGUUACGUCAGACGCUCGGCGGACGCGUGGUCGACACCCGCGCGGAGGUCGGCCUUCUCUCGCGCAACGUCAGAAUCCGCGGCGUCAUGAGCGCAGAUUUCGCCGGCGAUGUCAUAGAACCAUGCGGAGGGAAGUGGAGUCCAGGCCAGUUCUCGACGGCACCGUGCUUCAACGGGAACUUCGGCGCGGAACUCGGCAGCGACAUGUUCGGCGCGACGGUGAUGCUGGCGCCCGAACGCCCCGGCGAGGAGAUCGUGGCGGCGCGGAUCCAACACGUCGAGAUCUCGCAAGCCGGGCAGGCCUACCAGAUCGGGCGCUACCCGCUGCACUUCCAUAUGCUCGGCCGAGUCCACCGCUCGUACGUCCGUGGCUGUUCCGUUCACCACACGUACAACCGCGCAAUUACCGUACACGCCACCAGUGGUCUAACGGUGGGAUCUAACGUACUAUUCAACACAUUCGGACACGCUAUCUUCACCGAGGAUGGGAACGAAGAGGACAAUGUGUUCGAAUACAAUCUCGCAGUCUUCACUCGAUUGUCAUCCUCUCUCCUCACCGCUGAUCUCACUCCCGCUUCCUUCUGGAUCGUGAACCCGAAUAACCUGGUCCGCCACAACGCUGCCGCAGGAGGAACGCACUUCGGCUUCUGGUACCGUUUGGAGAGCUCCCCUUCAGGUCCCUCCGCCGGGUCGGAUCACUGCCCCAACAAGGCGCCCGUGGCAGGAUUCUACAACAAUUCCGCGCACUCCAUGGGCAGGUACGGUCUGUGGGUAUUCUCCAAUGACGGCUAUUUUCCCAAGACUGAUAAGUGCGGACAUGAGGACACGGUGGCUCGCUGGGAGAACUUCACGGCGUGGCGUUGCGAGCGCGGGGCGGAGGUCGGAACAGGCGGGGCGCUGCAGUUCCACAAUUUCGUGGUUUUGGACAACGAGAAAGCCGGUUUGGAGAUGAUACAGGUCAAGGGAGGCUUUGGAAUGGAUGACGGACCCGGCGUCUUCAACUCGCUGGUGGUGGGCCGCUCCGCCCUCUCGCCCGGGGACUGCAAGCGACCCUCGAGCGGUGUGGUGGCCCCCGAGGAGCAUGUGCUGACCGUGGCGGGCACGACAUUCGUCAACUUCGCCGGCGGGCAGUGCGUUGCUCUCUCCGGGUGCUCUCAGUGCACGAAUAUCCGAGCGGGGUCGUCGGUGCGUGUCGAGGGCCUCACCUUCAUCAACAGUCCUAAUAAGAUUCGUUUCAAAUGGGAACACGAGACCAUCUGGCAAGACGUUGAUGGGUCCCUGUCUGGCAGUCCUGACAACGUGGUGGUGGCAGACAUGGGCAUCCUUCCUCCCCGACGCUGCCGCCGUAAAGAACCUGCUUUCUCCGUGAAUCCGACGGUCCCGGGGGCAGUCUGCCGAAGUCCCAUGAAAUUCCUUCAGAUUCAGAUCGACGGACAAACAAUCCAGCCACCUUCUCUGAGGACGCGGGACUUCAUCGUCAGCAACAGACACGGCCAGACCAGAAUUCCCCUCACGGACACGCGUCUCUCUCGGCCUUUCUGGACCGCCACCGUGUACGCCGGAGACACUUACCUGUGGGAGUUUGAUUACGCCAGCCAGCUGACGAAUCUUUCCUAUCGUGCGACGUCAUCACUCAUUGGUCCGGACGAUUACUUUUUCGUUGAACAUCAUUUUCCGCAGAAUAUGAACUUCUUUAGAACGACGAACGAGGAGAGAAAAAUGGACGAUGAUCUGCCUGACGUUACAUCCUCUCGCCACGGAGAUUAUCACUGGGAUUCCGACUCGCAUACGGUCACUUACAUUGUUAAAGGACCUUUGCCAGGAGAGGUCGGCAGUGAAUUUUACCUUCACGACAGGGGAGUCAGCCGGAUAAUCGACUUCAAAGCGCAGAGAUGCCACUUCGAGAAUUGCGUCCCACCUCCACCGCCCUCCAUACCCCCCAACCGCCCCGAGAGUCGACAGCUGUGGUCGGAUAUUGAAACGUGGAGAGAAAUGCCCGUAGGGUUUGGAGGACAUCCUAUCGCCGACGUGUACAAUCUCCCUGAAGAAAACGACGAUAUAAUCAUUCCUAAAGGAAUGACUCUCAUAGUGGAUAUUACAACACCUCCACUUCGCCGUGUUGUCGUAUACGGAACUUUAGAAUUCAAGGACACAAUGGAUCAUGUAUUCCAAGCAGAGGUCAUUGUUAUUCAGGGCGGUUCUGUAAUAGCAGGUUCCUCGCUCGAGAAUCCAUUCACCCACAAGCUACACAUCAUCCUUCGAUCGUCAAUGAAUACGUCCUCUGAUCUUCCUAUGGGAGUUAGCAGGAAGUCAAUAGGCGUAUACGGGCGACUGUCCUUGCACGGGCGUCCUCACACCAACACGUGGACGAAGCUCGGGGCAACAGCCGCCCCCGGAGAUUCCCAACUUACUUUGGCUCAUCCCGUCGACUCCAGCUGGCAAGGGAAACAGGUGAUGGUGACCUCGACAAGUGAAGAAGCGAAUCACACGGAGAUCCGCACUGUCACUCACGUCAACGGGGCUGUACUCACCCUUGACUCACCACUCACUCACCAACAUCUGGGUGAACGGCACACCGCGACCGACGGGAACUUGGAGUAUGACCUCAAGGGCGAGGUGGGCUUACUUACCCGCAACAUCGUGAUCGAGGGCGAGGUCGUGGCGAGCGAGAAGCACUUCGGCGGCAGCGUGAGGGUGGCGGAGCUCAUGGCCGAUGGAGUAGUGUAUCGAGGUCAAGCACAAUUAUCCGGAGUGGAGUGGAAACACAUGGGCCAGGAGGGUUUCACAGGACAGCAGGACCCGAGGUUUUCGCUGGUCUUCCUCGGUCUCGGAUCUCGUGGGGCUUCCAGCUACGUGAGACAGUGCAGUUUUAACACGAAUUAUAACACGGCCGUCGGGAUUUUUGCGUCCAGUGGCGUAACGGUGGAGGGCUGUGUUGUGUACCAGACUGUAGGCUCAAGCAUCAAGGACCAAGGGAGAGGCAACAUCUUCAGGAACAACUUAGUGUCGGUCAUGCUGUUCCCGGGGACGUACGACGGCCGCUGGGAACCCCAGAACCGAGACUGGCACGCUGGCUUCGACCUGGAGGAAGCCUCGGGCACGGUGCUUCACGGGAAUGUGGUUGCGGGCUCAGAACAAGUAGGAUUUAGAGUGUACGGAGAGCUGUGUGAAUACGAAUCGACCUGGAGAGGGAACGAAGCUCACAAUGUUAUUUUUGGGGUUAUGCUGUGGAGACCCGGACGCGAGGGACCGCCAGAGGAAUGCCGCCGCGUGAGAGGGUUCUCCGUGUGGCGGGCGCAGGACACAGCCUUCUACAUGCAGCAUUACGCCAGCCUCGUCCUGCAGGAGGUGAUAUCCGUCGACAGCCAAGUGGGCGUGAACCAGCUGGUGUACGGCCCGCCCGCCCUCUCGCACCGCCACUACCCGAAGACAGCCACCGCCCGUGACAGUGUUUUCGUGGGCGCGUCUCCCUCCCACAGCUGCCAGGUCCAAGCCUCACGAUCUGCCGUCUACGAGUUCUUCGCGGGCGUCCUCUGGUCUUCCGGGGCGGUGGGCGGCCACGCGGGCGUUCUCUUCGCCUCGUUCAUCUCGAAAGCCAACUGUGAGUUAUCGGGGGUUGUGGGUGGGGCCUUUAGUUGUCUCUUUGUUUGUUUAUUUGUGUAAUUAAUUGUCCGUUUG